GCCGGAACCUGCCGUGCGCGGAGGAGUCAGCUUCCCAUGGCUGACGGCGGCGGACCCCGUUUCGCGGGUUUGAAACCCGGGCCUCCCCGCCCCUCCCGAAACGCUGCAGGUACUAAACAGACAAGAACCUUGAAACAAGAUGCUUCAAAAAGGAAAGCAGAACUAGAAGCAGCUGUGAAAAAGAAGAUUGAAUUUGAGAGAAAAGCUCUACGUAUUGUUGAACAACUUUUAGAAGAGAAUAUUACUGAAGAGUUCCUAAAGGAGUGUGGGAAGUUUAUCACUCCUGCUCACUACAGCGAUAUUGUGGAUGAACGAUCUAUCAUCAAACUCUGUGGUUACCCUUUGUGUCAGAAGAAAUUGGGAACUGUACCAAAACAGAAAUAUAAAAUUUCUACCAAAACCAAUAAAGUCUAUGAUAUUACUGAAAGAAAGUCUUUUUGCAGCAAUUUUUGUUACAAAGCAUCUAAGAUUUUUGAAGCACAGAUUUCUAACACUCCAGUAUGGGUUCGAGAAGAAGAGAGGCAUCCUGACUUUCAGCUGCUACAGGAAGGACAAAGUGGCCAUUCAGGAGAAGAAGUGCAGUUCUGCAGUAAAACCAUCAAAACAUCAGAUAUUGACAACACUUGUCAUUUUGAAACGCAAUAUGAGUCUAGUUCUUCUAGCAUUUACAGUGAUAGUAACAGUGAUAAUGAACAAGACUUUGUUUCCUCCAUUCUACCAGGAAGCAGACCAAAUGCAAAGGGUCCAAGGCCACAGCUGCACAAGAAAAGCAUAAUGAAAAAGAAAGCUGGUCAGAAAGCUAGCUCAGAGUGCAAAGAUAUAGAGCAAGCAGUUGUAGAUAUUGCUGCACAGUUAGGUAAUUGUAGCUUAGAUGAUCAGGAGAAAGCUGCCCAUGAACUUCCUCCUUCACAGAAGGUAAAUGCUCCCAUUUCUUCAAAUAGUCCUUCGCAUGAGAAAUUAAAUGCUUCGGCAGAUUCUGAAGGUAAAUACAGUAUGUCAGAAAUAACACUUGUGGGCCUAAGUAAGAAAAGUGCUGAACAUUUUAAGAGAAAAUUUACAAAAUCAAGUCAAGUUUCUAGGUCAGACUGCAGUUCAGCACAGGUGUGCCCUGAAGUCAUGAAGACAAACUUACUUAAAGUUCUGAAAGAGACUUUGAUUGAAUGGAAGACAGAAGAAACUUUGAGGUUUUUGUAUGGCCAGAAUUAUACUUCUGUGUGCUUAGAACCCUCUUCAACCUCUCUCGUUAAUGAAGAACUAGAUGAAGAUGACAUAAAUUCCAAUCCAGGUUGUCAUUCCCCAUCUCAGAACAGCCUCGAUGAGUCGUUACCUUUUAGAUGCUCAAAUACAGCCAGCAAACCAGUGCCAAGUUAUGAGGACUUGAAAAAAGAAACUGAAACCCUGAAUAUGAGGAUCAGGGAGUUUUAUAAGGGACGAUAUGUUGUAAAUGAAGAAACUUCCCAAUCACCAGACUCAGGAGAGCCUGAUCCCACCUUUCCGCUGGUAGAUUCAAGUUCCCAGAACCAGAUAAGAAAGCGCAUCGUCCUUGAAAAACUGAGUAAAGUAUUGCCUGGACUUUUAGGUCCUCUUCAGAUUACAGUAGGAGAUGUUCACACUGAACUUAAAAAUCUUGUCCGCACAUUCAGACUAACAAAUAGAAAUAUUAUCCAUAAACCUUUGGAGUGGACUUUAAUUGCUGUCGUGUUGCUGUCAUUACUGACCCCAGUUCUUGGAAUUCAGAAGCAUUCUCCAAAGAAUAUGGUUUUUACACAGUUUAUUACCACCUUGCUUGAAGAAUUACAUUUAAAGAAUGAAGACCUUGAGAGUUUAACCAUCAUAUUUAGAAUGAGCUGUUAACCAGAAUGAUAUAAUUCAGGAAGACAGAAGGUCAAUACUACUCAACCAUGUCUAGAAUUCCAGCCACCCAAUAAUCAUGGUCUGAUGGUAAACAACGGAUCCUGGUUUUGUUCCAAGAAAGAUCUUCACCUUCUCAGGAUGUUGCAGUCCCUAACUUCAGAGGAGAACCAUUUCUGCAAGAGAAUAAUUGAGUUUUACAGCCGCUAGCUACAGACUUAGUAUUUUUAUUUUAGAAAUACUGGAAUUUUAAAUUGCAAUUUGGAUGAAUGUUCAUUUUUCUUAUAGUACUCUUAUUCAUGCUAUAUGCAAGUUCUCUAUCACUUGAACUUUUGUUGGUGUUGUUAUUUAAAGAUAAGGUUCAAAGCCAUCUUGAGAACUCUGAACCCCCAAGUAGCUGGCAUUCAAGGGGUGUACCUUAAUACCUAGCUUGAAUGAAUAUUCUCUAACUUUUUUUGGCUAAUGCCAGCUUGUAACAGUUGUUUGGUAAAUGUAACCUAAGACCUUAAGAUGU